UUCAUUGUCAAGAUCUGUUCUUCCUCUUUAUAUCACAAGGAGGCAGGCCACAGGAGGUGUGACCCUUUCAAAUUUUUCUGAUCUUUUUGUUUGUCUUGAGAACAGAAAAGAAAGGAAGAGGACCCUUGAAGCUCUUUGAGAUCUGGGCAUUACAAUCUCAGGUUUAUACUGAGGAAUGAUAAGAAGAUGGGGAGGAAAGGAAAAUGGCUGUCUUCUCUAAAGAAAGCCUUUAGCCCAGAGUCCAAGGCAAAGAAAAACCAGGAAUCGAAAGCACAGUUUUCAGAGAAGCGGGUGCAUUUGGGUCCCAGUGGUUCUGAUGCAGCCACUUUAGAAGCUGUCAAGUUGUCCCCUCCUCCUCAGCCGGAGGAGGUGAAAUUAACGGAAGCUGAGGCUGAACAGAGCAUGCAGACUUACGCUGUGGCAGUUGCCACUGCUGCUGAUGAUGCUGCUGCUCCUGCUGUUCCAGCUCAGGCUUCUGUAGAGGUUGUUCGACGGCAACUUAAUACAGGUGCCAGGUUUUCUGGCAAAUCUGAGGAGGAAGUGGCAGCAAUCAAAAUACAAACAGCUUUCCGAGGUUACCUGGCAAAAAGGGCAUUGCAUGCUUUAAGAGGACUGGUCAGGCUGAAAUCAUUGAUGGAAGGUCCUGUGGUCAAACGGCAAGCAGCCAGUACACUUCGCUGCAUGCAAACUCUUUCGCGUGUGCAGUGUCAGAUUCGUACUAGGAGAAUCAGGAUGACAGAAGAAAAUCAGGCUCUUCAGAGGCAACUCUUGCAGGAACAUGCAAAAGAUCUUGUGAACUUGCAGAUGGGUGAAGAGUGGGAUGACAGCCUGCAGUCUAAGGAACAACUUGAGGCAAGCUUACUGAGCAAGCAUGAGGCAGCUAUGAGAAGAGAAAGGGCCAUGGCGUAUUCAUUUACUCAUCAGCAAACCUGGAAGAAUUCUUCAAGAUCUAUGAGUCCAUUAUUCAUGGAUCCAAACAAUCCCUCAUGGGGUUGGAGCUGGUUGGAACGAUGGAUGGCAGCCCGGCCAUGGGAAGGUCGUGGCAUGACAGAAAAAGAACAUAACAAUGACCAGUCAUCUGUAAAGAGUGCACGCAGCAACUUUGGAGGAGAAAUCAGCAAAUCUUAUGCUCGCUACCAACUCAAUUUGGAUAAGCAAUCCCCGAAGGCCAGCCAAAAGCCAAGCCAAACUUCAAGCCUCCAAACUCCUUCAACUCCUAAGCAAGCGUCCGUUCCUGCCCGAAAGCUGAAGUCAGCAAGCCCCAGGAGCAGUGUGGUUGGUCCUGAUGAUGACACAAGAAGCAUGAUCAGUGUGCAGUCAGAGCGAAACCGGAGACACAGCAUUGCAGGCUCCUUCGUGCGUGAUGAUGAGAGCCUGGCGAGCUCCCCAUCACUUCCAAGUUACAUGGUACCAACUGAGUCCGCAAGAGCUAAGACCAGGUUGCAAAGCCCCUUGGGACUAGAAGCAAAUGGCACACCAGAAAAGGGACCAAUCGUGUCUGCCAAGAAACGGCUGUCUUAUCCGCCUUCGCCAGCCAGGCCUAGGCGGCACUCCGGGCCUCCAAAAGUGGACAGCAGCAUUACCAAGACAGAAGUUGCUGUGGUGAAUGGAGAGGGCAGUUAGCUAUUCCUAAUCAAAAAGAGAUGGAGCAAAGCAUCAUAUGGCUGUGGACAACUCCAAAUGAGCAACAACCAAACAACAAAUAGGAAAUGAAAAGGAUAGAGAAACUACAUUCAUUUGAUUUCUGAAUCUUCUACAGUCAAGGGUUUCAAUUCAUUGUCCAGAGAGUGUUGUCAUUGGUUUCUCGGAUCAGCUCUGUUAUCUGAAUUAUUCUUCUCAUACAUCCUUUGCUUGUUUAUUUAUUUUAUGUUUAUGCCUUUUUCUCCCCCUCAUCAUCGUUCAGGUGGCGGAAUGAUAUUUGUGAUUGAAAGCAAAUUAUGCCCAAAUUCAGUUCAUUAAAAUUUCUUGUGUUGUUUGUAUUUAUUUGUAUAAAUAAAUUAUACACACUUCUUUGUUCUUGUUUAUUUGGCACUUGGGAUUA